UUAGACUCUUACACUUCGAAGAAUUGGCAGGGUAUUGAAAUAGCUCACUCAGGUCACGCGAUUGCCGCCCAUAGCACGUCCAGGCCCAGACCCAGCCGGUUAAGCCCCAAGUAUUUGCGUAUAUUUACUCUCUUCACCAGUCACCUUCCGAACAAAUAUCACCACCACACUUACGGUCGGCUACCAGCUCUUUCACCACAAAAAUUCUGCUACCUGUCCAUCGCAGAAAUGUCACAUAUCAUUCAUAAUCUAAUGGCUUGACCCGAAUAACUCGAACAAAGAACGAUGUUCUACAAUGCCCUCAUCCGAACCCACCACAUCACCUCCCGCAAAAAGGUGUCUGCGCUGAAACGCGCAGCCGAUAUACACAAUUGCUUCGUGCUUCUACGCUCUGGUGGUUGUCCAGGGAUAAUGUAUGUCGAGGCGAGAGACCAAACCGCUGUUGAGUCUUGGGUGACUGUCGUUCGAAAACUUCGGUACAAGGAUUUUCAACUAGCCACGCGACCAGGACCCCUCCACGACGAGAAUGAGACAGACCUUCAUGAUCAGAAGCAGUCACCCCACCAGACAAGAAUGAGGGUUAUAAGGGCCGGUGUGUGUGAGGUAGAAACCGUCAAGGAGUUUGGGAUUUUAAUGGAACAACGCGGUGUCUGGAAAUGGUGGAGAAAGGGGAUGGGAUACGUGGGUUGAUUUUGCGAUCGCUGCAAGUGCAUACGCAAUUCAUGGACUGGGCUCUCCCGAUGAUGGCUACCUAUUUCCUUGGAUAUCAUUCAGCCCGGCACUCUGCAGGAUCUGAGGCCUGAACUCGCGGUUCUGAAACCAGCAUACUAGUCUAGUCACCACAAUUGGAAGCCUCAACACAAGCAGCUGUUUCCCUCGCGUGCCAGGUCAUCCGAAUAUCGGCAAUUUACAGCCACGGAAAUGUGUGCAAUCUAGUGUCGAUACUACGUCAUCUCAUCGAAGCUAUAUACACGAACUCGAUGUCGACUUAUGCAGGCCUAGCUCACCCAUGCAAUGUUGAAUUGUCAUACUUAGUCGCCCAAUUACGGUGACCGGGCAAU